AUGUUUUUGCGGCAGGUUAAAGUGUUUCUCGCUUUUGCCCAGUUUAUAACUACAUGUUUUUCACUUCCCUUGCGCCAGUUUUAUCCUUAUGGUGUAAGGAACGGCGACACCGCACUUCCCCCCAACGAUGAUGGAGGAUCUGGAGAAAUACACGUUUCUAUCCUCUUCCCAUAUUUCGACCGCAACCAUGGUUCCCUUUACGUAAGUACACCCGUCCGGCACCUAUCGGGCUUACAAGAAAAUGAAGAGAGAUGUUAAGAGAUAGUAAUAUUACAAGGGGAGCUCAUAGCCAUAACGCCUUCCUUGUUAGUCUCGCUUGCGUAAGCGUUUUUCGCCCCGUGGGGGUAGUCCCGUUUAUGGGCUAUAUAGGUAUGUUCCGUGCCAAAGGGUAUGGUUUUUUAACCGUUUUGGUCUGAAAUAUGGUAUCGUUUGUGCACUCUAGUCUUGAAUUGGGUAUGUUUUUUUAGAAGAAUUCGCUACUUCCUCACCAUUUGGCGAUAAGACCAUUUCCCUUUUAAUGUUUACACCAACUACCGUGUACGUGCCGUAACAACUUGUCACGCGCUCCGGUCAUGCGCCGGGCUCGAGGGCUUCAGGAGUGAAAAAGGUAUCAAAUUUUUGAUACGGAAAAUCACAGAUUUUGGUCUGAACUAAGGUAAGGGUUUCAGGAAGCCUGCCGCACAUCCACACCCAAAUUUUCCGCAAGUAUUCCCCUUCCCCGUCGGGCUUUUUCGUCGUAUUUAGGACACAAAUCGGGUGUAGCCUGCAUGAGUUGCAGCUGGCUUCGCACUCGUCUAUACAGAAGGUUUAGAGUGUCUGCGACGCAGGCAAAUCGGGGGUCAUUGUGCCAGGCGUUCCUCGAGGAGACGUUAGAGACCGGGAUAAGAAUGGUUGCGUGAUCAAAGCCACGCAUGUUUCGGACGAAAGCUUAGGAAAGAUUAAAUUUAGAGCUUUUCCGAAAUGUGUCGGUCCACGAAUUCUAUCACUUGAAAGCGUUGAUUACUUUGGAACAAGUGAACACUACUGAGUGGUCGGGAAAAAAAAGAAUCUUAAUUAGCAAAAUUGCGAUGGUCGGGUGUUGUAAACUUUCAUUGUAUGCAAAUGUCUUAUGAUGAGGAUGCGAUUUAUUACGGCGAUGAUUGAAAUGAUGUGCAAUGUAAAUCACUUUUAUGGUCUCUGGUAGUGAUGUAAUUUCUCUGGAAUCGAGGCCCUUGAAUUUUAGUGUAUUCGAUUCACGCGUCAGCCUGCGACCGGAGAGGUAUUUCUUGUCGUCGCUAACACGCGUACUAAAUCAAUUCAGAAACAAAUAAAAAGUAUCGACGUCGAUAAAGUAGGAAGUAAAAAACCCUUAGCGAGUAAAUCAUGUUUCUUUUAGAAUCAAUGGCCUGCUCAUUUCUCGAUUUAAUCUCCAAGCAGGCGAGACUGAAUGUACCCUGGGUUGCAGAGGAAAUUUUUUUCUUGUCGAUACUGAUGGUUCGGACCUCUGGAGCCAGGGUAGACUGAAUGCCGUUGUAAGCGCGUUCUUGUUAAUUAAGUGAUAUGUGACUUCUAGAUUUCCUUUUCCCUUUUCCUGUUUUUUUGUUUUUUGUUUUUGUUUUUCGUUUUCUCUAAUUAUAGGAAGAGACAAAAAAUAACCAAAAGCUGUAGCAACCAAGAUGUUUGACUAGAUGUGGCGCUUGCCCGCUUGUCACCAUUUUGAGCUAAAAUACAAAAAUAAUAAGGGGGAACGAGGAAGUUGGAGGGGCUUCCAGACCCGUCCUAGAUAAAUGCCGUAGUGCUAGCCUUCUUGGCGACGGCCGAUCUUGCUUCGUGUAGGGUCUGAAUGGUUGUGGCUAUGGCUCUAAUAUUUUCUGGUUGCAUCCUGAAUUCUUAGACAACGACAUUUUGCGCUAACUGUCCAACCAAAGCCUUUAAAACUCAAUUAUUUUGACAGGAUGGACAUCAAAAAUUUAUCGUGUCUUUGAAUGCACGAUUUUGUAAUAUGGAUAAAACUAGCAUCGAUCGUGGUCAAACGAACCCGGAACUGGAACAAUGGGUUGGGUUUCAAAGGAAUUAAAAGAUUACUUAUAUUUGAAGUUGACCGGUCAUGCUAAGACAAUUUUUAGGGAACGUGAGUUUCUUCCUGAAAGGUCAUUUGCCCCACAUCGUGGAAUUUUACGACACUUUUAGCUAUGAAUCAAUAUACCCGGAUUAUUUCUAAGUAUAUUUAUUUAUCCGUAUCUAAGAAGAAAUUUGACUGUUCAAGUCAUCUCACUCACGCUUUUCACUCCAGUUCAUUUUUAUAUAAACAUUCACGCGUCUCCGUCUCUGUUUUUGCAUGUAAGCUAGCAACUUCGAAUGAUUAUGACCGAAAAACCGAAAGGCCUAAAACAAUUUUCCUAUAUAUUAGGAACCUCAGGAAGCUACGAUAGCAAUUAGCUAGCUAAUAAAUUUCAAAGAAUACUUGAUUUUUUUUUCUCCCAUGAAGAUCCUUUUUGUUGGGAAAGACAGAUUCUCGGUGGCACACAUUGUUGUUGUUCACAUUCACUGUUUUACUGUUUAUUUCCUCCAUCUAUCGACACUUUUGUAUUGACUCUUGCUUUGUGACUGAACUUCAUCUGUCUUGAUCUUUGUUGUUUAUUAAGGUAAACACAAAUGGAGUCGUGUCAUUCCUAGUGGCAGUAAGUCAAUUCACUCCUGAUCCCUUCCCACUUGGUGAUCAACGGCGCCUCAUCUCCCCUUUCUGGGGCGAUGUGGACACAAGAAAUGGAGGUGUUGUGUCUUACAGAGAAAGUACAGAUACUGCUUUGUUACAGAGAGCAACUAAAGACAUUCGACGCGCUUUCGUACGUCAUCAAAAAUUCACGGCAACGUGGAUUUUUAUAGCUACCUGGGACAAAGUCGCAUUUUACGGAGCAAGCGGGCUUAUGCAGAACAAGGUAUGGAUUAGGGAGUAAAUGGAGCGUGCUCUGCUUCAGGUCUUAUCAGGGAGGAAUGGUCGGGCUUUAAUUUUCCUCGAUUCAACAAAUUUAUAGAUUUCACUGUUUAUCGUAGGAGCUUUCAAAACUACUAAGCAUCAAAAAGGCAAGAAAGACCGUUUCUUGAUCAGUGCGGAUGGUACGAUCAGUACACUAAAAAUGCAAUAUUUUGUUUUACGCUUUAGGCGAACACCUUUCAAGCUGUAUUGGUCACCAAUGGACGCCAUUCCUUUGUAAUAUUCAAUUACAAUCGGAUUAUGUGGACAACAGGAACAGCCAGUGGAGGAAAUAGCCAAGGUUUGGGCGGCACGCCUGCUCAGGUGAACAAAUUAACAAGGCCUAGAAUACAAACUAGCUAGUUCACCUCAGACUGAUUUUUAAAUGUCAGUAUCCUAAAUUACAAGGACACGCCAAAUACAUUAUCAGUUAGAAAAGACUUUCACCCCGAGCAAAUUUUCAAUUUGACCAAAGUAACUUCAGCAAAAUGCAAAAUAAGCAGUCGCCAAAUUAAGAACAGCACACCAGGCAGACAUGACAAAAUUUCUAGCCCGUGUAAAAUAUCUGCCUUCUCCGUGGGCUUAUCCAAGGUUGCCGAGCAGGAAGCACGGACGAACAUGGCCAGGCAGCCGAAAAUGAGCGAGAAGAGUGCGUGACAAAUGAUGGAAACGGGCCAGAGUUCCGAGGGGGGGGGCAGAGUACGAGCGGGGAAAGCUGCUAUAUCCUCCGCCGAAAAUCUGUGAAUUCAGUUUAAAAUGUUCAAAUUGUCCAGAUAUAAUGCUUUUGAGGAUUCUAUUAGCUGCUCGAAAGGUCGUAUGAACGCUAAAGGAACAGACAUAACCGCAGACCGGUUAGAUCGAGAUUGUAAGUCUGAUCUGAUAAGGGGCUACUUUCAAUGUGUUGUCAAUUAUGCUAUAUUCAUUUUAAUUUACGAUCGAUAACUUUCUAAAUUACAGCCUGUGUAGCUGGCGGUUUUGUUGGUUAGUGCGCGCUAACAAGCGCUGGCCUUUUUCGUCUUUCCCAAGCGCAGCUUUGUGGCUCGUUCUCCCACGAGCUAUCCUCACGAAAUCACCAGCUACUCAAAUGUACUGCGCUCCCCCAAAUUAAUUCUGUAAUAGUUUCCCUACACUGCCUCUAUACACGAACUUCAUCGAUGGUGCUAUUGGCGUGAAAGAUUUACUAGUCUUGCUGCACAGACUCUCCCUACAUGCUUAUAAAACCAACCUACGUUAAUCCAUCCUGUGCGUGUGCCGGGACAUAUGUAGUCAGUUUGAUUCCCUCUUAGAGAUUCCGAUGCGGAUAAGGCUUUGAAUGUUAACGUUAUAGGCCGGUUUCAACGCUGGAGAUGGGAUCAGAUUCUUCCAAAUUAAUGGUUCAAGAACAGGAGACGUUGUCAAUCUUCCAUCCACUUCUAAUGUAGCUGUUCCAGGACAGUGGAUGUUCCGAACUGAUGAGGCCAGUGUUGAAGCUGGAGGAUGUAAUACUAAAGGUAUACUUCUAUUUUAACAAAUUCUAUUGACUUUCCUUCACGUUUUUGAUAUAUACCCUCAAAGCCUAUCUACUGAAAUUUCUCCUACUCCUGAUGUUCUUCAAGAACAGGGUAAUAAGGUAAAAAUAGAAGUGAACAGAUGGACAUUGUGUUUAUUAAAUCACUAGUGCAUAUGUUGCUAUCAAACCCCUAGCCAAACCCAAACCCCUAGCCUGCGUCGCAAACGUAAUUUAGCCCUGAUUAGAAACGUCUGCGAAGCCGCUCUGAGAGCCUUAUUCUGGGCCCCACGACGGACUAACGAAUUCUGAAUUUCCCUUCAACGUGAUUAACAAAUGGACAAUGGCUCUUUUAACCUGAGGCCAAUCGAUCAAGGCGCGUGCUCAAAUCCGGGUACACAGGUGGGGUCCCAAAACUAGAUUUUCGGCGUUGUUUAGACUUGGCCUGUACACACUCAGACGUUGUUUCCUCUUUCCUUUCGAAAAUCGAGGAGCGGACGAGCGGAGCUAAUUCGCUAGAGCGAACCCGGAGCCCACCCUCAAGCGCAAGCGAUCAAUAAAUUCCCCGCGGGUUUUUUUUCUCAUACACGCUCUCGACGAAAAAUAAAGCUUCUGUUAACCAGGGUUUAGUUUCUUGUGGCGCAGGCUACAAACCUCAAGCCACCUCGAGUGCCGGCUGUGUCCUCUACACUGAGAAUCUCUAUCAUUAUUUUUAUCACUAAUAACAAUUUAUUAAUUAAUCAUUAGGUUCUCUAACUAUCUCCCCUCGAUCUGGGAUAAUGCUGGGGGGUACGAACUUGAAAAUGAGUGGACCUUGUUUCAAGCAGAAAGAUGACAUAGUUGUGCAGUUCGACAACAGUAUUAACAUCAACGCCACGUUCGGAACGGAAAUUCAGUCUUCCGUUACCGCGCCUGUUCUUAAUAGAACAGGAAGAGUACCGAUUAAAUUGUCAGUCGAUGGUGGAAAUUCUUUUCAACACAAUGGAGUUUACACAUCAGGUAUUUUCCUCUCACAUCUUAUAUUUUAAGCAAAGUAAUAUCAAUUAUUAUAAUUAUUAUUAUUAUUAUUCCUCCAUUCAUUCAAAUAAUCCUACGUUUGUGAUUGCUCAAAUAAUCCACUUACUAAUUCUGCUUAAGAAGCUAAUAUUGACCAAAUUUGGAAGACGUUUGCCGUAUUCGGUGAAAUGACGACAUUUGCGCAGGAUAUCUCCAGAAAAAGUUGAGUAUCCGUAGUACUACAUAAGCAAUCCACUGAUUGUUUCUUAAUUAUUCACCAAUCAUUGUUCAUACCAUUUUGUCACCAAUAGUAGACUAAGGAACGGAUUACAUGAUCCGGCUGGAUUGCAUUGGCCCGUCAAAUCAGUUUGUUUCUUAUUUCUAAUCUCAAGAACAAUAAAAAUUCCAGCGAGCAAAUGACACAGGCGUACCUGUGAUUGAUUAGAAGGAAAAACAACUAUGAGGAGUAUGCACCCAUUUGUGGUACGCCCAAUGUAAAGAUCUCCCCCUUUUGGGAGUAACUUUUCAGGGUGAUUCAAAUGAUUCCAAACGACAUGUGACACCAAUCUCUGUUAACCACUUUUCUAUAUCGUUCGAGACAGUUCCUGAUGCACCAAUUAUGAUUGGCACCACAGUUACUUUGCGCAAUUUCCAGAUCCUUUUUAACUCCCGCUUCAGGUCCUGGUAGUUCUCAAUUUUCUCUUUCUCUUUGUCUUUCAUUUGAAUGUCAAAACGGACAAGCAACAUCAAUAAUCAGGCAUUUGUGUUUUAUUGUUAUUAUUAUUACUAUUAUGAUUGGGGUUUUCCCGUUAAUCAGUAUUUUAUGAUAGCAGUUACACUACGAUCUUCCGCCAUGCUAUCUUUCCCUUGAUUUAGUCCCCAUGGAUCGAUACACUCCGGGCGUACAACGACAGUACGGAGAAGAAUGGGAAGAGGGAUCGCCAGUUGAUAUCAAUUGGGAUGCCGAAAGCAUCGGAAGCACUAGCGAACAAGUAACGAUCGAUCUGGCGCGUUAUAAAAUGGGCAACGAUGAAGUUCCAGAACUGGAAAGUUUCCACACAGUUGUGAACUCCCAGUUGAAUACUGGCCAAGGUCAGUUUGUCGUCACAAAAGGACAGGGAGACGGGUAAGUUAUAAAGUUAAAUGGUCACCCAUUAUAUUAAUUUUGUUCUUAUCCAAUUGCUUGACUUGCAAAGAUACGUGUACUUGUCUACAAAUAUUUCUGCAUACUUGCUAACUUGGGUCCAUCAAUCCAGACCUAUUCAUGUUCCUAAUGAUCAGAGACAAUCGAACCGAUCUCAUCUACCUAAAGUGCUAAAAAAAUAAUUUAAAAAGUUCACAGUGUGGUGUUUCAGGCCUCUAUGACUUCUUGAAAGUUCUGGAAACUCAUUAAAACCGGAAUUUCCAUCGUGGUCUCUUUGAAAUUAUAAAACGAAAUACCAUCGAUUCGUCUUUGGAAGCUUUUUACGCAACUGUCUUUUUUCUUUCUUUCUUUCCGAAGUAGGCCUUUUCCUAGCAGUCUGACAUUUGCACAAACGUGUUUUUUACUUUUAAUAAGAUGUCUGAAAAAUGAGAAAAAAGUUAAAUGUACAAUCUAUUGUUUAGCUGAUGCGUUUAACCUCAAAACAGUAGUUACCAGGCAAUCACACAUCCCUCUGAAAUAAGGGCGUAUAAGCUCUAUUUUCUGACAAUAUCUCCAAACUUGUUUGUUAACCUGUAAUUUAUUCUGUUACAAGACAUAGCUAAUUAUCUGCCAUGAAUUGGCAAAAAGUUUCUUUUAUAGCAUAGGAAUCCAGUUAACUAUUUCCAGAAAAAACGAACAUUGUCUGACAAAAAUCCGGUGGAUAGUUUUCUUCUUUUAUCUCUUGAAUCUAUACGAAGGGGAAUAACAAAUAUCACUUACAUGCCAAAACUCACGACAGUGCCUUGAAUAUAACCUUAAGAUAUUUUUUUCCACCUUCUGUUACCGUUUGACACAGUUCUUUUUUCGCUAAAAUGCUCUUCGUGGCUACUUCUUUAAAUCCAGAUACAUGUGCACCUAUGGAUGAAGAGCUGCAAUUUGUGCGCGGAUGCUCUUACAAUUCCUUUCGAGGCCCCAAUUACAACAGUUUUAUUCGCUAACGUGCCCUAGAAUCAUCAGUUUUAUUAUGACAAGAGGCGCAUCCCAAGCAAUAAUUCUUUUUACUAGGAAUGCAUAUCGAAAAUGGGUAUAACGCCCGGCCGAAAUUUGCAAGAGAGUAAUAGCAAGAGCAAGGGUUCGAAUCCUCUUCACUGUGGAUGUUUAUUUUUCUUCAGUGGUUUUGUCUAGGAUAGUAUACAUUUUCCCCUGUAAUGUCCGACGGCUUUAGGAAAUAACUGUCUAAGAUUUCUAAAAAAAGAUAUCAUUACUGCAUGAGUACACUGAGACUCGUCAAGAUCAGGCGUCUUCGUUUUACACUUUGGCCCAUGACAAAUAUAUCAUAUUGUCUUUUUAAAGCCAGAAAUUCAGCGUAUUGGUUUAAAGUAGUUUAGGUUGUGCCAACAUACAGUCAAGAGUCUACGGGUUCCAGAUUUCAGAUUCCUUUUCAUGUUUCAGCAACAUCGACGAUCGUUAUGUAAACCUUGUUCGGGUAUCAAGGAAACAGGGUGGAAGCAGUGUUUCUCGGGCCCAGUGGCUGUGGAGUGAUUUGUUUUCCUGGAAAAAUGCCCCAUGGGCCAUCAGGAGGUGCAAAGUUUGGUAUGAGCAAGAACCCAAUCCAGAAGAAUUCAGAGGUAGUUUUAGCUAGAUGCAAGUGUGCGGCUAAUUAAUUUUUGUUUAUGUGAUGUUCUGGAUCGGUAUGAAUUUAUGUCCUGCGUGUUUUCUAUUUUUAUCUAUUUUUAUUUUAUUUUGUUUUAUUAACGACCGUGUUCGCCUAGUAUGUACAUUAUUGUCGGUAAAAUUUGUUUUACGUUGUUUUCCUUAGUAAUAUGUUCUUCCUGUCGGUAACUGCGAUCCAUAUGCGACCACCUGCCAUAAGCGACUACUUGUCCAAAAUACCGAACUAUUUUCAGUAAAUAAUCCCAGCUAUGUUCACUGCAUGUACCGUACGCCAUGAGGUGGUGCUAGUAUUUUAUUGUGUAAAAUUUAAAUUCUGAGUCUUUGAAUGCGUAGAUCAGGUGUUAGAGACAGAGCUGUGACCGAUCUAUCCCCUGAAGAACCCCCUCUGUUUCAAGGUUUCGACUGUACCAGGCGACCUCCUCUCGUAAGCGAAUAGUACCUGGCCUCUUGGGUGGAACCUUCCGGGGGCCUAGACUGUAUAUUAAAAAGUCAUUAAGUCAUUUGUUUUGCCUUUAUAGCUGAUCCCAGCAUGGAACCCUGCCCAAGAAGCUUAACCCAGGCCAUGGCUGAUCGCGGGCGUUUUAUGUCUGAUGAAGAGUGUAAUCCGUCCAAUCGAGAGGGCUGUUCUCGAUUCCACGAUGGCGCCGUUCAGUGCUUCAAAAUGAUUAGACCCAGGUAACCUUACUUAGAGAGACCUCCUUUCUAGAAAUCAAUAACGAACUUGUUAUUACACUCACUAUUUUGAAAGUUUGCUUUAGCACCUGUUACUACAGCUCUGCGAGUAAAGGUUUCUUUCCGGGAUGGCUUUUAGCACUAACACAUAGUCAUUGUCCAAUUAAUUUCGCGACUGAGAGCAACGUGAACGACUCGGUAAAUGCUAAAAGCCAUGCCACAAAGAAACUUCUUAUCGCAGGGUAUUACUACAGUUGUCACCGGCCUCAGCAAGUAAAAAGAGGAGAAAAGGUCACUUUGUAAUGCAUUGUUCAAUAAAGUUACUUCGCAUGCCUUUUCAAAUCAAGAUAAAAUAAUGGCAGAAUAGAUAAAGUUUGUUAGCCCAGUUGCUCCGAUAAGCGUAAACUUAGGCAAAGGUUAAAAUUAUAACCUCUGGCACAGUUUUGGCUAACCCUCUAACAGUCCCUUUUUUGGCUUUUUUUUUUUGUAAAUUAUUUUUAAAAAAAAUAGCCGAAAAAAUUAGGAAAAAGAAAUUAAGAAAAGACUGAUUAUCACUUGUAGUAAAAUUCUGUCGGUAAAUUCUGUCUUUACCACUUUUCUCCAUAGCUCCAAAGGGGCUGGUCAGCAGUGUUGCUAUAACAACUUUGGCAACUUAAUGAUGGGCAAACCCAACGCAGGUUCUCUUGAUCGAGUUCAUCCGAAUGCUGGUCUUCCUGUGCUAUCGCACUUCUUCCACGACUUAGUGCCAUACCAGCACUGUUGUCGGUUGUCUGAUAGUUGCGACAAAUAUUUUGAGAAGCGUCCAUCAGAUGACGGAUCACAGUACCAAGCUCCAAGGCCUGGUAUGUAAACUAGCUCAAAACAGUUACUUUAUUUAUUCGGACCAAUCCACAAAUCAAGAGAAGAGUAAUGUUAGAAAAAGGUUAAAAUACCAUAUGAUUGUUUCGGAACACCAACAUGGUCGCCGUUUUAUUGUUUAGGGACCAACAUGGCAGACGCUCAAUAAAUCACCCGAAUAGGCUACUUUCACAAACUUCCAGAAUUCAUUUCGUUUUUGGUUUCUUAAUUAAUUUUGUCAAUCCCGCUUAGGUUUAAAAAACGAUAACCCUUAUUUGCACAAGAAAACAACAAACUGAAGGAUUCAGGUAGUUAUAGUAAAAUGAUGUCAUCACGCAAUUGUUUUAUUGUGAUGAAAAUGCAUUUGUCCAAAUAAAGACAAUCCAAUCACUACUCGAAGCAUGCAUAAAAAUAACUGCCCAGGAAAACGAAGAAUAUAUGCAUUAACGGCAACAAUAGCACGCACAAACAAAUUGAUGACAAUUAAGAUCAAACAGACGCUUUUCUAUCUUUAAAUUGAUGAUAAUUUUGUCUACGGAUAUAUAGGGGUCAGUUUGGAAUUUUUAUGUGAUACAGAUAAAAAGAACACAGAAAUACUGUUCGAACUAGCAAUAAAAAAAGACCAAACCACUCUCGCUCACUGUUAGAUUUAUGACUUGGCAUUCAGAGAUCACUCUGAUCAUUAGGCAAAAAGUGAUAAUUUCUUAAUACCAUGAAAUCAUUGUUUUGCGUUGAUUUCUGCCUUUUUUCUUAAAUAUACAGCCAAGAUUUCAUUCAAUCAAAAAUGACUCAAUUAGUUUGGAGGCUUUGGUUUAACCAUAGUUAUUAAAGUGGAAUGGUUAUGAAACCCGUUAGACUUCUCUGUUAUUUAUUGUUUUUGUUACCAAUUUUUGGACCUGACCGUACACAACGUUCAAUAGCAUUCCUAUCAUUAUAUUUUGAACUUACCGACCAAUAGAAACAUCGCAUUAAUUUACUCAGUCACAAUUUGUGAACAUGAAGCAAAGGAUUGUGCACGGUCAGGGAACUAAUAAUUUGGAUGAGAAUUUCUGGAUUAUUUUUCAAAUGUUUUUAAUGUAUACAAAUUAACGGGCGAUGUUUAAAUUUAUGGAAAAUUAUAAAAUAUUGGAUCGGGGGGUGUUUUGAUUGAAGAUAAAACAAAAAUAUGAAGUGGAUAAUUAGUAGCCAAUGACCAGAUAGUCCACCACCACAACAAGGUGCCUCUGAUCUCAUUAGUCGGACUAACUGGUUUAUGUGUAUACCUUUUCUACACUAAUUUAUUUCCUUGCCAAAUCAACAUCAUCCCCCCUUCCCCCCAAAAAAAAUAAAAACAAGAAUGUACCUUUUAAUCUUAGUUGACAAGAUCACUGUGAAAAUGACAUAUUCAGUAACUGCAUCAUAAAUUCUGUUUUUAAUCACUGCUAGCUACUGGAUUUGGUGACCCCCACAUGGUCACGCUAGAUGGAACUCCCUUCACUUUUAAUGGCCACGGCGAAUACUCCAUUUUAAAGGUUAGAGGUGUAAACUUUACACUACAGGGACGGAUGGAGCCUCUGGUUAAUGACGAUGGGUCUCAAACAGAUGCUACUGUUUAUACGGCGUUUGCAGCCAAGGAAUCUGGAUCAGAUACAGUACAGGUUAGAGAUUAAAUAAUCCAUGAAUCACGACACUUCAAGGAUACUGGAGUAAAUCUAGAAGGCGUUUUCCUUUAACAUGUAAUUUCAUCUUUUUCCGCCUGUUUGCGAAGACAAAAUGGUGACCAUCCGUCAAUCGGUUUUAAAAUUCUGUUCUAUCAGUUAACUGUACAGUAGAGUACAGACUUGUAAUUUUGUACCAGGAGUAAUCAAAUUUAGUUUUCCGCAAAAACUGACAACGAUAGAAUGACUGGACAAAAUGCAACCGACGAUUCGACCAAAAAAAAACCACCGUUAUAAUUGUGACAAAGACGGAUCGAAAAGAAACCAUUGCGUUUGGAGACCUCAUAGCCAAUAACACCACGGCUCAAUUGACAGGCGAACAAUAACAUCGCGACUUACUUGACCAACCGGACCAAUAAUUUACCAGAGUUUUUCUUACCAUACUCGUAACACAACUCACUUUGGCUCUAAAGAUGACUACCACACGCACGAAUAAAGGUUGUCAUGCACUCUGUGUCACCGACUGUCCUAUUCAGGACUACACUCAUUAUUAUUUACCAUAAUGAUUCUAUUUCAAUAAUACGCUAUUUGCACGAUGGCGUCAUUUUACUACUACGACCAGAAUUCUUUUGGGUUUUCUUUUCAUAUUCAAAUUUGGUAAUCCCAGUGAGGUUUAAAUAACGAAAGCCCUAAUUUGCACAAAAAAGCAAAACCCUGAAGGAUUCUGGUCAUAGUAGUAAAAUGACGCCAUCAUGCAAAUGGCCUAUUUAUUUCAGCUACAGUAGAACCUCUCCCUUGGAACACUUCUAUUCAAGGGUCACCUCCAUUCAGGGGGCACAAAAUUUUUUCACCGAAAAAUGUUCACUAAUCUUUGUAUCUAUUACCUCUAGUGAAGGGACACCUAUAUUCUGAGGAAAGGCACACUUUUUCCCGAAACCCGGGGUUAACCUCCAUUCAGGGGACACCUAAGCACUCAGAAAGUGCCGGACUGACCACAAAGAGGGUUAAUAUUUCUAAUUACGCACUUAUCACAAUUAUGGAAACUUUCACAAAGAAAACUGACUAAUUCUCGACGUAAUGCACUUUUGUGAAUCAACCAUAUAAUUUUGUAGAGAUAAAUUAAUAAUGAUUUUUAUGUUGUAUUUCUUGGUUAAUUCUUGACUACCUCAGCCCAACCUCUCUUCAGGGGACACCUUUAUUCAAGGGACACUUGACUCGGUCCCUAGAGUGUCCCCUGAAUAGAGGUUCCACGGUACUUAUAAAUCAUUUUAUCCGAGAAAAAAUGUUCCGACCUGACCAAUAGCAGUUUUCUUAACAAUGACUGAAUUCCAAUAAGGACACACUGAAUCAAUGAAAAUUUGUUCUAUAUCUUUAAAAAUUAUUCCUCGAGCCCGAAUGGGCUCUGAGUCAAUAGCCCAUGAGGCCGAAGGCCGAAUAGGCUUUUGGCUCAGAGGCCAUGAGGACGAGAGGAAUAAUUGUUUUAGUAAAAUCCAACUAGUUGGUCAAAAAUAUCGAGACAAAACAACUUUAGCUGACUAAAGCUAGAUUUUAAUCGUUUAUUGCCGCCAAAAAGCCGGCGCUUUUCGCUACUAGUGGGCUAUAACAUAUAGCCUAGUAGUAGCUCAACCAAUCACAACGCAGCAUUGAUAAUAGACCACUAGUUGGAUUUUACUAAAAUGCAUGAUUCGAGUUAAAAGUAGCCGCACGUUCUUGCUUACCAAAAAAUAGAACUUCAGGCUACUCCUAGCUAGUUUUCAUUUAAUGGGAAGCUAGUAUCCAGUAGCCUGCGCUUUGAUGUCAUAUCCAAGUCUAUUUAUCCAUCCCUUGCAUGUAGAUUCACUUAAAUGGCCGAGGAUUGGUCGAUGUUUUGGUGAAUGGAGAAAUUGUUGAUUUUGACGAGUUAUCCCUCUGGGAAUUCAACGGUGUGUCAGUGUUGCAGUACGUCAACACAUCCAAGUACUCGGCCAUCUUUCAUUCUGGGAUCUCGGUAACUGUAGAAGGUCAAACAGAACUGCUUGGUCUUGUGACGUUAGUACCAACCAUGUUUAAAGGUAAGGUGCUGAAUGUUAUUAAGGCUGAAAAGCCUCUUAUUCUCUAAGUAUCUAUUCCCUUUGUGAAAAUCUAGGUUUUGUUAUACAUAAAGAAAACGUUAUUUAAGCGGAUAUAUCAGCAUUAAACACAAGAUACCAGAAUUGACUGAAACAUUCAAAUAAGUGAUAAAUAUAAACUGUGGUAGAAAGCAAUAGAAAAAAGGCCAAAACGUCCUAAAACAAGCAAGCAUAGGCAUAACUAAUAAGAUUCCGACACGCUGACCACUUACCCUGCGAGAAGAGGGUACAUUUUCACGAUAUGUUCUGAGUGGAUUUCAGAAAUAUCUUUAAAGAGAUCUUGAGUACUGUUAAAUGUGAUUCCAAGGGUCCGAAAUAUUAAGCCUGUUUACCUUAUAAGAAGGCUAACUAGGGAAAAUGCAGGUUCUUAGUCGCGGGUAGGUAUUACAAUUGUGAGUUCACCGGAAUGCUAAUGCUGAAAAGGGUAUACUCUGACCAAAAAGGUAAGAGUAAUCAUAGGAACAAUUUAGCUUUUACACAAAUAUUCGCAUGAAAACGACUUGAUCUAAAAUAUAUUGUAAAAAAAUGGGAUACACUUUUUUUUCUUUCAGGGAACACAAGCGGACUUCUUGGUUACUGGGACGACAGCCAAGAAUUAGAAUAUCUUAAGCCCGAUGGCACGUUUCUGCGUACGAAUUCCAGCUUCAAAGAAAUUCACAGGAACUUUGGACAGCUUUGUAAUUAUUAUUUCCUCUUGAUUCUUCAAAACAACGAAUUCAAUUUAAGGACAUUUGUGCCCAUAAUUUCUGCAUAUCCUUAAUGCACUUAUUAUUCACUGUAAUAUCACCAAUGAAGUGAGAAACUCACUGAUCCGAGUUGGUGGUCUGUACUGUAAGUGAGCGACCAAACCAAGUUUUGCUUUUGGAUCUUGUUUAGAAUAUCUUCAGAUAAGGUGUGUUAGAAUUAGAAAUUUAACUGCAUAAUAUUUUUUUUGGUAAAAAACGUAACCUGUUAUUACCUUUGCCCAAUAUUUAGCAAUAAAAUGAGGUGCCGAUGAAUUAGAAAGGUUCUGCCAUUUUAAGAAAAAGGGCGGGAAAAGUCUUUGAUGGGUGAAGAGAGAGGCAGCAACCUCCUCUUUCCGUUUGUAAGUCCAAACUUUUAUUACGCAAGGCCUUUUAGAUCAAUAGUUAAAUAAUUAACGGGUCGCCAGUUUGUGGUCUUUUUAUUUACCUCUUUUCCCGUCUACUUGUUUAUAGGGGUGACGACAGCAGCUGAGUCCCUGUUUACGUAUGAACAAGGCAAAAGCCAUGCAACUUACCACCAUCCAAACUAUCAGCCGAUAUUUGCAGACAGUCAAAAACUGGUGUUUUCGAAUAAAUCUCUGGAAAGAGAUGCCAAGGACGUUUGUGGAGACAAUUUGCAGUGUAUGUUUGAUAUUUACACGACCAAGAAAGUGACCAUUGGGAAAGCAAGUAAAGAAACUGUGGAAGAGUUUGUCGCUGUCAUUAAUGAUACCGUUAAACCAGGUAUGAUUUAACAUCUUGAUGAUUGUUAGAACUGCACAGAAAUUGAAGGGAGCUGUUUACAGGUGAAGGUGUCUUGGACGAAAGCUGAUAACUUGUCACUGAUAAAGAGCCAAUAGUUCACUAAAUACUUUCGCCUUCACUGACGGAGAGAAAGUCCUUGACGAUUUGACGACAAAAAUGUAUCGGGACAACUCAACGCACUACCCUAGCCCUCAUAAGAAACAUAAGAAAGAUUUUUUUUUUUAAUAACUCAAUGAAAUCGUUCGAGAGAUAAACAUGCUACCGUCGAGAGUCAGUACUGAGAUGUUACCCGUCGUUUCCAACCCUGUUUUUCAAACCAAGCUGGUGUUCGUUACAGAUAAAGUGAUGUGCAAGUCAGUACAAGUGACGUGGUUAUUAAUUCUUUUUGCAUAUUGAUGGCGGUGUGAUGUACGGUCUCUUUGUAAAUGGCUACGCCAGUUAGUUGAGUUUGACUAAUGGUCGCAAGUCAGGGCGCGAAAGCCGCGGUCACGGGUCCGAAGUUGCGGCCGCAGGUCCCAUUAGUUGCACUUAGCAGCGACCGACUCGAAAGCCUAAGCUCCUUUUGUCACUGUGCGUACACUUCACGUUUGAUGUUAUCGUAAUGUGUUGUUUAAUUUUUUUUCUUUAUUUUCUAAUGUAUUAUAAUUUUUGUAGUAAUCUCUUAAAAUAGUGCAAAAAGACAAAAAAUCUGAAAAAUCUGAAAUCUAUUCGUGGUACUUUGAGACAAUUGUUUCGAAUAAAAUAUAAGUAAGAGUAAUCAUUAUUUGCAGGUUACGUUAAAGUCAUAUACGUUAAGAAACGUCUUGCAAUAGGUUCAAAAACCUUCUCUUUUGAAGAAAUAAUUAGAGCGUCAGGGGUUUUUUUCUCACUGCACAGACGUCAUCGUAAUUUCGUGGCAUGUCGCUCAAAACAGGUGUUAAACAACUCAAGCUUAAAGAAAAUAUGAAACUUUUCGGAGUCUUGGACGGUAGCUGAUAUACAUUAUUCCUUUUCAGCUUGUGUACCAUUGAACUCUGAGCUAACAGAUGGCAUCGUGUUCAGAAAUGAUACCGAAUAUGGCAUAGAUUACAUGUUUGUCUGCAGUAGAGGAUUUGUCUUGAACGGUUCAAGUCACGUGAUUUGCAAAGACGGUGUUUACAAUGGUUCAGCCCCGGAAUGUCUUCCAAAAGGUGAGUAAGUUAUUGAAUAAAUUGUUUACCUAAAUUUUUCAUGAGAGAACUGAUAGCUCUGCUCGGCUCUGCGGACAACCGCUUAAACUGACACCCAUGUAUAACAGACACUUUCGUUUGUCCCGACGAAAAUUUCAAAAAUUUUCUCUAAAACGGACACAAGAUGAUAAGGACGACGGACACUUUUGUGUCCCGAGUUCGCCACCAUCUCUCAUAUAUUGUUAACCCUACUUCACGGACGUUGGUUAUAGGCGCACUGUCUAUAACCAUUAAUUUUAUGUGCUAGUUGUAGACGUUGCACUCUGUACAAAUAAUGACAGAUUUAUAGGGGUUUAGGCGAUUUUAUCAUCAGAAAAAACCAGUAACAAAGAUAUGUGACAUGUUUGAUUUCGAUCAGUCCGUCGUCUUUCGAUCUUGCAGUGUUUGACCCUUUUACUGUAGUCCUUUAAUAAAGUUUUCACCCUUUUUUUUUUUUUUUUAAUAACAUUUAUUGGUUACAACAUUUCUAAUGACAAAGUUUUCACCCUUUUUUUCUUUUUUUUUAAUAACAUUUAUUGGUUACAACAUUUCUAAUGACAAUACUUACAUUUACAUGGAGGAAAAUAAAAACAACGUACAACAGGUACGUUUUCACCCUUUGGUUACUCAGGUUUCAGUAGCAGGGUGCAAGUCCCGGCAAGCGCCUGAUUUUUUUCAGGCUUUCUUAUCACAACUCAAAGUUUGCGUAUCUAACUGCGAUGAUCUUGAAAUUUCUUUAUUAAUUUUUUUUUUUUUUAAUAACUGAAGACUUAUGAACAUUUCCUUAUUCAGAGUGUUCUCCGCCUUUAUCAAGUUAUCUAGCCAAUGGUCACGUCCAAGGAAGCGGCCGCGUUUAUCGUUCGAAUUAUAACUUUACCUGCAAUAGCGGCUACGUCCUUUUUGGUGAUGAUUACAUCACCUGUACAGAAAACGGAACCUGGAAUGGCACAUCUCCUGUAUGUGUAAAAGGUAAUGAAAACUUACUUAUGACAGUUUAGUCUGAAAGGAGAGAUUAUAUCAAAUAAAAGCGAUUUUCGGAUCAAGAAUCAAGCGUUAAAACUAGAACAAACUAGUUUUAGGGGGCAAAAUUUUUGGCUAAUCUUACACAUUGGAUCUCUAACGCAUGACUUUAACGCUUGGGCAGGAUCAAGUAGUCCUCAUACAACAAAGGUCAGAUAAAUCAUCCAAUCAGUUUGUUGCUUAAAGAACCAAUCACUAGUUGGAUUCUGUUUGCUACAUGAAGAGCAGACUCAAGCUUAGUUUACGACACUAGCUGUCUUGCUGAGUUCUUGUUAACAGCUAUAUACCUAACCAACUGACGAAGGAUCCAAUAUUUGGUUCCGAAACCGGUCUUGCAGUAAUAGCUUAAAGCAGAGUGUUACGUUCUUCUUAGAACUUAUCCAUGAAAUACUUACAAUCUGGUACCAAGUAGAUCAGUGUCAUUUUGCCUACACCGCGGAAAGCUUGGUUCCGUACCUAAAACUAUGCGGUCUUUUGACUCAAACAUGUAUAAGCAUAUUCCCAAUCAGCUAAUGAUUGCAGCUUAAUGGAAGGAAAGCUUUCCAUAGCCACAACUCUUUAGUCCUAUUCGAUACCCUUCAAUGACAACGCAAUCGUAAGAAAUUUCUAUCCUAAGAAAUUUCACUCUUCGAAGCUUUUCAAAGAUUUGCGGCCAACUUGAAGGGAAUUUGCAUAUAAUCACCUUAUUUGAUUACAGAACCGCGCUCGACCUAUAGUCAAGCAUAUCAUUCCGAUUACAGAGUAAUUGAGCCUAUAAACUAAACGCUACUGAUCAUUUUCUCCCCUUCUAAGCCGCGUAAAGAGACCUAAAUCUUGCGAACGUAGAGGCUGAGGACUCGUAGCCUCGUGAGGUGUGUCUGUUUGUAAAUGUCUACGCCAUAGAGUUGUAUGUAGCAGUGAACAACUCGAAAGCCUAAGCUCCUUUGGUUCGUACACUUCACCUUUGAUGAUUUAUAUAAUUUGUUGUUUUAUUUAUUCUUACUUUUGUGAUGUGUUGUAAUAUUUUUAGUAACCUCUUAAAAUGGUACAAAAAGAUAAAUAUCUGAAAAAAAUCUGAUAUCUAUUCGUGUUAUACUUUGAACUACAAUUAUUUCGAACAAAGUAUAAGUCAGGGUAAUCAUUAUUUGUAAUCAUUAUUUCGUCUCGGGAAACAUUAAGACUCUAGGGAAAACAAAACUAGCUGUUUCUCUCGGGAUCUGACAUUAAGUAUAUAUUAACAAUUCUAACUUAGAGAAAAUAGGAAACUGUUCGGAGUCUUGGACCGUUGCUGACAUGCAUUUUUCAUUUUCAGCUUGUGUACCGUUGAACUCUAACCUGACAGAUGGCAUCGUGUUCAGAAAUGAUACGGAAUUUGGCACUGAGAUAGAUUACAAGUUUGUCUGCAACAGAGGAUUCGUCUUGAACGGUUCAAGUCACGUGACUUGCAAAGACGGUGUUUACAAUGGUUCAGCCCCAGAAUGUCUUCUAAAGGGUAAGUAAGUUAUUGAAUAAAUUAUAUACCUAAAUUUUUCAUGAGAGAACAAACAGCUGUUUAUUUUCCUGCAAUGAAAAACAGGGAAAGGUAUGGCGUCCAAUAAUUGUACAUCAGACAACAGAAAUUGCUCGUAGAAGUUGGUGUAAGCCUAAUAAAAUGGAACCCNGUAAGUAAGUUAUUGAAUAAAUUAUAUACCUAAAUUUUUCAUGAGAGAACAAACAGCUGUUUAUUUUCCUGCAAUGAAAAACAGGGAAAGGUAUGGCGUCCAAUAAUUGUACAUCAGACAACAGAAAUUGCUCGUAGAAGUUGGUGUAAGCCUAAUAAAAUGGAACCCCGCUCUGCGGACAGCUGCUUAAACUGACACCCAUUUAUAACAGACAGCUUCGUUUGUCCCGACGAAAAGCUCAUACAUUUGCUCUAAAAUUAACCGGACACAAGUUUAUAAGGGCAAAGGAAACUUUACUUGUAUCCCGAGUUAGCCACCAUCUCUCACAAAUCGUUAGCCCCGCUUCACGGACGCUGGUUAUCUGCGCACUGUCUAUUUUUAUACUCACAUUUAUUAGCUAGCUGUAGACAUUAAUUGUACCCUUUGCAAAUAAUGACAGAUUUAUAGGGGUUUAGGCGAUUUUAUCAUCAGACAAAAAAAGUAGCAAAGAUGCGCGCCAUUUUUCAUUUCGAUCAGUCCGUAUUUCUUGCGGUGUUUGACCCUUUUACUGUAGUCCUUUAAUAAAGUUUCACCCAUUUUAUUACUCAGUUUUCACUUCCUUAGCUUUUUAUUUCAGUCAUGUUUCUUUUGUAUCUUUAUAUCAAUAAAUUGUCUCCAUGACGUUUUUUUCUGAGAGCCUGCUUUAGACGGACACCUGGAUAAUACGGGCAGCAUGGCAUGUGCCCUUGGUCUCCGUAUCAACCGGGUUUCACUGCAACACUUUUCAAAUCUUUCAGCUGCUGUUGUCACUUUUGCAAGUUCGUUCAGUGUAAAUGUUUGUAUUUAUACUUGUUUUUGCUGAUCAGCGUAUUUAGUCUUUCACAAAAAAUACAAUUUACUAUUUAAACCUUUUGGCAAACAAACAUACCUUUUAAAAAUUGGCACUCAGCGUCGAUGGCGAAGUAGAACGAAAAAUUGUGUUCUAUCAACUGAUUUGAUAAAUAAAGGGUUAAGUUUUUAUCGUUUGUCUCACGAUUGUCACUUUGAUAUUGAUCGCGACGUUUCGACCGCACAGUGCAGGUCUUCAUCAGGCGAUAGUGUUUGUACCACCGUGGUUGUUCACAAACCUCGCUCAUGGUUGGUGGGCUUCGAUCCAAAGCAUUAUUGGCAUUGAUUUGAUAAAGUAUAUACAAACUUGCCAGUGAAGAGAGAUUCACGAUUUGACAGAUCAAGAGCGAAUCGAUUUUAUCUGAGGAAGGGCAAGCGCGCACUAUUUAAAAUUCCACAGGUCAAUUAUAAGCAUUUUUACAAGCAAUUUCUAUCUCUUUGCUGCUAUUACCUAGCUUACACCUUUUCUUGAUGGCACAUAGAAAAGCUGCUCGAUCAGGCAGCUGGUUUUUACCCAACAGAAGGACCUCAGAUUUCCAUACGGGGAAAGGAGAGCCAUCUUGCACGUCGCUCCCUCUUUAAGUGUAAAAAUUUAUUUAUGACAAUUUAAUAACCAGCUUCCUGUUGCCUUGUUAGCUCAAUCGGUUAGUGCGCUGUACACAUGCUUCUGGAGGUCAGGGUGCGAGUCCUGGCAAGAGCCGGAUUUUUUUCAGGCUUUUUUCAUCGCAAGUCAAAGUUGCGUAUCGAACUGUGAUGAUCUUGAAAUUUAAUGUUUACCUUUUUUUAAAAUAAUGAAGACUUAUGAACAUUUCUUUAUGCAGAGUGUUCUCCGCCUUUAUCAAGUUAUCUGGCCAACGGUCACGUCCAAGGAAGCGGCCGCGUUUAUCGUUCGAAUUAUAACUUUACCUGCAACAGCGGCUACGUCCUUUUUGGUGAUGAUUACGUCACCUGUACAGAAAACGGAACCUGGAAUGGGACUUCUCCUGUAUGUGUAAAAGGUAAUGAAAACUUACUUAUGACAGUUUAGUCUGAAAUGAAAGGUUAUAUCAAAUUAAAGCGAUUUUCGGAUCAAGAAUCAAGCUUUAAAUUUAGGACAAACUAGUUUUGGGGGGCAAAAUUUUUGGUUAAUCUUACACUCUGGAUCUCUAACGCAUGACCUUAACGCUUAAACAGGAUCAAAUUGUCCUGAUACAGCAAAGGUCAGAUAAAGCAUUCAAUCAGCUUCUUGCUUAAAGAACAUGAAAAGAACAGAGUCAAGUUUAGUUUACGUCACUAGCUCUCUUGGUGAGCUCUUGGUGACAUUUGGCUAUACCUAAGCAACUGAUAAAGGACCCAAUAUUUGGUUCGGACACCGGUCAUGCAGCAAUAGCUAAGCAGAGUGUUACGUUCUUCUUAGAACUUAACCAUGACACACUUACAAUCUGGUACCAAAUAGAUUAGUUUCACUUUGCCUACACCGCGGAAAGCUUGGUUCCCUACUUAAAACUACGCGGUGUCUUUUGACUCAAACAUGUACAAGCAUAUUCUCAACCAGCUACCGAUUGCAGCUUAAUGGAAGGAAAGCUUUCCAUAACUAGAACUUUUUAGUCCUACUUCGAUAUCCUUCAAUGACAACGCAAUCGUAAGAAAUUGCUAUCCUAAGAAAUUUCACUCUUCGAAGCUUUUCAAAGAUUUGCCGCUAACUUGAAGGGUAUUUGCAUAUGAUCACCUUUGAUUAUAGAACCGCGUUCGACCUGUAGUCAAGCAUAAUCAUUCCGAUUACAGAGUAACUGAGCCCAUAAACUAAACGUUACUGAUAAUUUUCUCCCCUUCUAAGCCGAGUAAAAGGGAUCUAAAUCUUGCGAACGUAGAGGCUGAGGGCUCGUAGCCUUUCUCAUAACCCAUAUUGAUGGCGGCGUGAGGUGUGUCUGUUUGUAAAUGUCUACGCCAUUUAGUUGCAUGUAGCAGUGACCAACUCGAAAGCCUUAGGCCUGGUUCAGACGCCGUACUUUUCAUGUGCCGAACAUUAAGACUCUUCGAAGCUUUUCAAAGAUUUGCCGCUAACUUGAAGGGUAUUUGCAUAUGAUCACCUUUGAUUAUAGAACCGCGUUCGACCUGUAGUCAAGCAUAAUCAUUCCGAUUACAGAGUAACUGAGCCUAUAAACUAAACGCUACUGAUCAUUUUCUCCCCUUCUAAGCCGCGUAAAGAGACCUAAAUCUUGCGAACGUAGAGGCUGAGGACUCGUAGCCUCGUGUGGUGUGUCUGUUUGUAAAUGUCUACGCCAUAGAGUUGUAUGUAGCAGUGAACAACUCGAAAGCCUAAGCUCCUUUGGUUCGUACACUUCACCUUUGAUGAUUUAUAUAAUUUGUUGUUUUAUUUUAUUCUUACUUUUGUAAUGUGUUGUAAUAUUUUUAGUAACCUCUUAAAAUGGUACAAAAAGAUAAAUAUCUGAAAAAAAUCUGAUAUCUAUUCGUGUUAUACUUUGAACUACAAUUAUUUCGAACAAAAUAUAAGUCAGGGUAAUCAUUAUUUGUAAUCAUUAUUUCGUCUCGGGAAACAUUAAGACUCUAGGGAAAACAAGACUAACUGUUUCUCUCGGGAUCUGACAUUAAGUAUAUAUUAACAAUUCUAACUUAGAGAAAUAGGAAACUGUUCGGAGUCUUGGACCGUUGCUGACAUGCAUUUUUCCUUUUCAGCUUGUGUACCGUUGAACUCUAACCUGACAGAUGGCAUCGUGUUCAGAAAUGAUACGGAAUUUGGCACUGAGAUAGAUUAUAAGUUUGUCUGCAACAGAGGAUUCGUCUUGAACGGUUCAAGUCACGUGACUUGCAAA